AUGGCUGCUCCUGUGGAUUCGAAGAUGCUCACUGCGGAAGCCAAUGUGUUGCCGACUGUGAUGCUAAACCCGAAUGCGGCCAAUACGCGGACCCGCCCGGCAAGGAAUGUCCACUCAAUGUGUGCUGUGGUCCAUGGGGUUUUUGCGGUUAUACAGAGCCCCUCAGGGCAGCACGGCAGCGACGUGCGUGAUCUCGUCAUUGGCUACUGGGAGUCAUGGAAUUUGCUCAGCCGAGGCUGCGCGCAGAGGGACCUCAGUCACAUCCGGGUUGACUCCCUGACCCAUAUCAAUGUUGCCUUUGGGUUUAUCACGCCCGAAACAUACGAGAUUCAUCCUAUUCGGGGCGCCUCCAUCGCCGGCUUUCAAAGUGUCACGAAUCUGAAGCAGCACGCUCCAGGCCUCAAAGUUUGGUUAGCCUUGGGCGGUUGGACAUUCAGCGACAACGGUACCGACACGCAACCAGUUUUUGGCGACCUCUCCAGUACGCCUGAAAAGAGGCAGAUUUUCAUUGAUAGGUUGAUGACGUUUAUGCUUGAAUGGGGCUUUGAUGGCGUCGAUCUGGACUGGGAGUAUCCAGGCGCGCCGGAUCGCGGUGGGCAGGACCGCGAUGUUCAGAAUUUCGUAUAUUUGAUGAAAGAUAUCCACGACCGCUUCGCGCUUGACGGACGAGGAUGGGGCGUCUCCUUCACGGCGCCGACAUCCUUUUGGUACAUGCGUUGGUUUGAUAUAGGGAAUUUACACCCUUAUGUGGACUGGAUCAAUUUGAUGACUUACGACAUUUACCAAAAAGACCAGUGGGUGUCCUACGACGACGAACACACGAUCCAGAAGAAGGUCGAGUUCGCUAAUGAUCUCGGCCUUCGCGGUUUGUUCAUAUGGGCCAUUGAUCAGGAUACGUAUGAGAACUCGCUCCUUGACGCUGUAUUACAACCCGAUGGCCUUGGAAAGUUCAGGGACGUUAACGGCGCUGUCGGUGACGGGCAAGACUGGCGCACCGUCGAUCUAGAUGGUUCUUGCUUCUGGUCAAAUUGCGACGGCUCAUGCCCUCCAGGAACCAACAUCAUCACCACCGUCCGAUGCCCCUGGUUUCCGAAGUCAUCGGUGAACAAACCCUACCAGCAUUUAUGCUGCCCCAUGAACAACUCGCCGGACCCGGAGAGUUGUCGCUGGAGCGCUCCAACCCUUUUUGGGGGGCUUGAGUGCGAGCAAACGAAUAGUUGCCGGGUGGGAGAGUUUCGUAUCGCGACGAGCCAAUACUAUAAGAACUCUGAAGGCAAGGAUAGAGCUUGCUCAUUCGUUGGAGAAGCCGACUACUGCUGCGAGAUAGAAGAAGGCGGUACCAAGCUCUGUGAGUGGGAUGAGGGUAACUGCAUCGACAUUGACAUGUCGACCAGAAAGCCGGCGGGCUCCGACCCAUGCGGACCAGGAAAGAAGUUUGCUACCUUCCGCAAGGGGAGAAAAUGCCGGUCUGGGUACGAAGCUCUCUGUUGCGAGGGUGACGUGGAUAUGUCUUCGUGUGUUUGGAGAGCUAACCCUUUUGAUGGAUGUAACCCCGACUGCUACGGAAACGAGGUGAGUUUCGGCAGGCAUGAGAUGGGUGGAGGGAUAGAAUGUCGUCAGAAGGCGCCUGCUGGCCUCUCACCGCCCAACCUACAGGCGGACCUGAUUUUCUGGCCUCAGCUGUGCUGUGAUGCGGAUGACCUCAGGGUCAAAAUCCGAGAUUUACUCGUUCCCUUGGAGAACCUUUUCCCGGACCACGACGAGAUUCUAGAGUCUGAUAAGCAAACAUUUGCAAUCCAGGUCGACGAGUCUAUGGGUGGCAAACGUCGUCCCAGUGGUAGCGACGAUCCUGAUGCUAACAGCUUUGGUUGGCACAUCAUGUCCGGCCCUGAAGAGGACAUCUCUAGCUUGGAUAAGCGGGAUGGGUCGCACUGGGAGGUUUUCGAUUGUGAUGAAGAAGCGCAUGAAGGAAGACAGACAGCAAAAAUUGUUUGUACGGACGAGUCUGACGAGAGCAACUGCGGCGUCAUCUUCAAAGGAGGCGUCCCGGAUACAGUCGUGGAGAUGCCGGACCACUGCGGUCCUGGGAAGUACGCCAUGGCUGUGAGUCUGGAUUUGAUAAGCGAGGAUACCCCCGUGACCAUACCCAAGUCCCUGAAACGGAGGCUAUCGAAGCGCGGUGUCAUCCAACCGAGGGUAUACAACCUGACUUUCGACUACGGCUUCCACAGACUCCAGGGGCGGCGAGACAAGCGCAUAAAGCUACGUAUCGACUACAGUGACAACCCCGGAUAUUGGUCCGAGAUUGUUGCCGCCGCACCCGGUUCCAAAAAGUCAAAGCGUGAGAUCGAGCAUGAAGUCAAAACAAUGCAUAGUGCAUCAUGGGAACGGUACCUCGACCACACAUGGCGUGUCGAAAGACGUUCCACUCCCGAGCACGAGAUGGAUGAGCUACACAAGCGCUGGUUCUCAGUCGCUGUGGCAGAUUGGGUUAACCGACAGAAGCAAGUGGACCUGGACUACGAUCUCGUGCGCCACGGCGUCCACGAGAACGUCAGGUUGAUUCUAUUCGAGCAGGAAAAGGAAUGUCCUGGCGUCGAUGUGUACGCGAAAAUUUGGGCGGACUUGAACAUUAACGUGGAAACGGCGGCUGUGGUGACGCUUAUCGGAGACUUGACAGACCUUGCUAGCUUCGAACAGUCGCACGCGACAUUCAGGAACAAGGGUGAUAUCGAGGUGUCUCUAAACUUCCAGGCAGACGCCGAGCUCCGGUUCUCCACUGGGACCAAAGAACUCUUCGGAGUCGCGGCUCUCGGUGCUAGCUUCAAGAUUCCUGGCAUCGUCACAAUUGGGCCUCAAUUCCGCCUGCUGAGUCAACUCAACGGAAGGGCGACGUUAAACGCAAAUGCUCGAGUUUCAUUUGAUGUUGCCAAGUGGGACUUUAUGCAGCAAUAUCCUGCCCCAUCUACUUGGACACGUCCAUUCAACCCCGAUGUCGAUGACGAGCCAGUUAUCGAGGAUGCGGGCUCCGGACUAGCUGUCUCCGGAAAGCCUCAGUUCACGUAUAAUGUCCAUGCCGAAGGCCUGGUAGAGGCCGUAGUAACCCCGGUCAUUACCUUUGGCAUCGUCUUCGACGCGGCCCUAGGUGUCCCCAACUCUGCGAUUGAUGUAGGUGUUGACAUCAAAGGUCGGAUCUACGCCUCUGGUGGGUCUUCCACUGAGUUGGCUUGGGAAUAUUGUUACGGCGCAGAAGCAGAGUAUGCCGUAUUCGGACAGGUUUCCGCGCCGACGCUCUUCGGUGUAUCUAUCAGCAGAAGAUGGGACUUGAAGAGCCAAGAAUUUGACCUGGUUCCGAGGACCUGCGCCGCCGCUGACGAUGAGUAA